AUGGUUGUCCACUAUAACCUGCUCACUAAAGAGCCCUAUCUCCAACUCCCAGCACCAUGCGCAAACAUCAUCAUCACUCCAUACCGCGAACACCAGAUUGAAGAGGCAUCUGCUGUUAUGACCGAAGUUCUCAAUGAUUCACGCGUGUACUCCUGGCUAGUAGGGCCACCUUACCCUUUUCUACCCGAGCACGGGGUGGACUGGAUGAAAACGAAUAUAGCAGAGAAUAAAGAGCUGCUGUCUACUCUGCAAAAAGAAUUCGAAGCAUCGCAAAGUCAUCAGGGUGACGGUUCAAAUGGCGAAGAGGAACCAGUGUUCUUUGAUAAAUGUCCUUUCCUUUGCAUACGCGAAGUAACAGAACGAGAUCAUGCGACCGGCGCACCGGUUCGAGAUGUCUUGAUUGGAGAGAUCUCAAUAUCGCGGUAUUCAUUCUAUGAGUUGCGACCCGAUAGCUCAGAGCUUGCGCUGGCACAGAAGCAAAAUAAUGAUUUACCUGCGGGGCACAAGGAUAUCGUCUGGGGUAUAGGAUACUAUCUUUCUCCUACUCAACAAAGCCGAGGAGUUAUGAGUGUUGCUGUUCGAACGGUCAUUCAAGAAUGGGCUAUCCCUCGGAUGAACCUUCAUCUUCUUAAAAGUAGCUUUUUUGUUGGGAAUACAGGGAGCUCGAAAGUCCUUGGGAAGAACAACUUUGAGGAGAUUGGUACAUUCAAGGACUGGACUCCAGAAAGCCCAAACAAAGGACGAGGGAAGAUGUCGAUUGUUGUGGUGGAGUGGAAGGGGCUUUUGUAG